CCGGGCCGGACGUCUCCAGGGGGAAAGUUGGGACCGCAGACCCGGGAUCCCGCGGGGAGGUGGAACAGUCGAUCGUCCCGACAGCGGCCGACCUUCAUCACCGAGCCGCUCUCAGGGGACUGGCGGGCGCGAUUUAUGACACAGUCCAGUCUUUAACAAUGCUGAAAUCAAAUGACUCGUUGUUUUCCUUGGAUACUUUGUUUUUUGAAAAACCAGGUGAAGCUAAAAAUUAUCCAGACACUGAAAAAUCAUUGGAUUGGUUUCUCCCACCUGCUCCAUUGAUUUCAGAAAUUCCAGAUACUCAGGCAUUGGAGGAGGAAAUAGGAAGUCAUAAACUGUUAGGUCAGGAAGAGAAGCCAAAAAUGUUACCAUCAAAUUUAAAGAUAACUAAUGAAAACACAAAUUAUAUUUCACCAACACAAAAAUUCCAGUUUGCCUUUUCCUUAAAUAAAUAUGAAGCAGGUGAUCUGAAUUUAGGAGGAGCAGGUAACAAUGACUUAUCACAUGUUCCUGGCAAGCUGACAUAUGGUAUUUCUCAGAAAUACAAAAAUCACGUUAGCACUGAAAUAAUACCUGAGAAAAGUGUUCCAGAUAAUACAAAAUUAUUUAAUUUUGCAGAAGGUAAAGGAGAGAGCACAUCAGCCUUCCGAAAAAGAUUGUUUAAAAUAUCUGAUAAUAUACAUGAGGGUAUUAACUCUAAUGACAGUACAAACUUGGACUCUCCUAUUGGCUCAGUGAAAGUUGCCCCAACAGAAAUGAACAAAGGGGAAUCAUGGAAAUGUAGCAGUAGUAAACAGAAACAUCAAUAUUCAGACAUUAACAUGUUUACAGCAAGCAAUACUCUUUCUGCUUCUGAAAUCAGGGAAGAGAUAUUCAAAGCACCAACUUUUGCAGUUGCAUCCCAGCCUCAUGAAGUUCAAGGAGUAACAGAAAAUGAUAUAGAUUCCUUGAAGGCUGUCACAGAAAUCCCGGCAAAAUUUAGAAGUGUUUUCAAGGAAUUCCCAUAUUUCAACUAUAUACAAUCCAAAGCCUUUGAUGAUCUUCUUUACACAGAUAGGAAUUUUGUGAUUUGUGCUCCAACUGGUUCUGGGAAAACUGUGGUGUUUGAACUAGCUAUAACAAGAUUAUUAAUGGAAGUCCCAUUGCCAUGGUCAAAUAUUAAAAUUGUUUACAUGGCACCAAUAAAAGCCCUGUGUAGUCAGCGUUUUGAUGAUUGGAAAGAAAAAUUUGGACCAAUAGGAUUGAAUUGUAAAGAACUCACUGGAGAUACAGUAAUGGAUGACCUAUUUGAGAUUCAGCAUGCCCAUAUUAUUAUGACAACUCCAGAAAAAUGGGAUAGCAUGACUAGAAAAUGGAGAGACAACUCUUUGGUCAAGCUGGUUAGACUUUUUCUCAUUGAUGAGGUACAUGUUAUAAAAGAUGAAAAUCGUGGACCAACUCUUGAAGUUGUAGUUAGCAGAAUGAAAACUGUACAGUCUUUAUCUCCUGCUUCUGAAAAUAGCGGCAUAAUUAUUCCAAUGAGAUUUGUAGCUGUAUCUGCAACAAUUCCAAAUGCUGAGGAUAUUGCAGAAUGGCUUUCAGAUGGUGAAAGACCUGCAGUAUGCCUGAAAAUGGAUGAGAGACAUAGGCCGGUGAAACUUCGGAAAGUGGUUCUUGGCUUCCCCUGCAGAAGUAACCAAACUGAAUUUAAGUUUGAUUUAACCCUCAACUACAAAAUUGCCAGUGUUAUACAAACAUACUCUGAUCAGAAACCCACACUUGUGUUUUGUGCAACAAGGAAAGGUGUACAACAGGCUGCUUCUGUUCUUGUGAAAGAUGCUAAAUUUAUCAUGGCUAUGGAACAGAAACAAAGGUUACAGAAGUGUGCAUAUUCCAUAAGAGAUUUGAAACUGAGAGAUAUCUUAAUACAUGGUGUUGCUUAUCAUCAUGCUGGUAUGGAGCUGUCAGAUAGAAAAGUAGUUGAAGGAGCUUUCACUGUUGGAGAUCUACCAGUUCUUUUUACUACCAGUACUUUAGCUAUGGGAGUAAAUUUGCCUGCUCACCUAGUAGUUAUAAAAUCUACGAUGCAUUAUGCUGGAGGAAUGUUUGAAGAGUACAGUGAAACAGAUAUUCUGCAGAUGAUUGGUAGAGCUGGUCGACCUCAAUUUGACACUACAGCUACUGCAGUUAUUAUGACUCGGUUAAGUACAAAAGAGAAAUAUAUUCAGAUGUUAGCUUGUAGUGACACUAUAGAAAGCAGUUUACACAGACAUCUUAUUGAACAUUUAAAUGCAGAGAUAGUGUUACAUACCAUCACAGAUGUGAAUAUUGCUUUGGAAUGGAUACGAUCAACUUUGCUUUAUAUCAGAGCCUUGAAAAAUCCAUCUCAUUAUGGUUUUGCAUCUGGAUUGAACAAAGAUGGAAUUGAAGCAAAAUUACAAGAAUUAUGUUUGAAGAAUCUGAAUGAUUUAUCAUCUCUGGACUUGAUAAGGAUGGAUGAAGAUGUUAAUUUCAAACCAACUGAGGCAGGAAGAUUGAUGGCUUGGUAUUACAUUACAUUUGAGACAGUGAAGAAAUUUUGUACUAUCAGUGGAAAGGAGACUUUAUUAGAUCUGGUCACAAUGAUAGCCAGCUGCAAGGAAUUUGUAGAUGUGCAGUUAAGGAUAAAUGAAAAGAAAACACUGAAUACUUUGAACAAAGAUCCAAAUCGGGUAACAAUCAGAUUUCCAAUGGAAGGAAGAAUUAAAACAAGAGAAAUGAAAGUAAAUUGUCUUAUUCAGGCUCAGCUAGGAUGCAUUCCAAUACAAGACUUUGCUUUGACACAAGAUACCUCAAAGAUUUUCAGAAAUGGCUCACGAAUUACAAGAUGGUUAUCAGAUUUUGUGGCUGUUCAAGAAAAGAAGUUUGCUGUACUAUUGAACAGUUUGAUUUUAGCUAAAUGUUUUAGAUGCAGACUUUGGGAAAACUCUCUACAUGUAUCCAAACAGCUGGAAAAAAUUGGUAUAACAUUGUCAAAUGCAAUGGUAAAUGCAGGUUUGACCUCCUUUAAAAAAAUAGAAGAAACAGAUGCAAGGGAACUUGAACUGAUUUUAAAUAGACACCCCCCUUUUGGAACGCAAAUAAAAGAAACAGUGAUGUAUCUGCCAAAAUAUGAACUUGAAGUGGAACAGAUUGCAAGAUAUAGUGACACCAUGGCAGAAAUAUUAGUGACCAUUACAUUAAGAAAUUUUGAACAGCUACAAACUAAAAGAACAGCACCAGAUUCUCACUAUGUUACCUUAAUCAUAGGUGAUGCAGAUAAUCAGCUGGUUUUUAAGCACAGAAUUAUGGAUUCUGUUUUGCUAAAAGCUGGAAAUUGGACUAAAAAGAUUGAUGUGAAGAGAGCUUUUAAUUCUGAAGAUCUUAGCAUAAAUCUAAUUAGUUCUGAAUAUGUUGGACUAGAUAUUCAGCAGAAAUUUACAGUCUUUUACUUAGGACCGAAGAGGCUUGCAAAUCAAAUAGUUAUGCGAAAAAAAUCAGAAACAGAGAUUUCCCAUUCUAAACAUUCAAAUAGAUCUACGAUAGCAGGACCCAAUAAAGGAAUGACUGCUUGCAAAAAACCUGGGAAUCGAGAAUGUAAUCAUCACUGUAAAAAUAAACAUACAUGUGGACAUGACUGCUGUAAAACUGGAGUUGCACAGAGGUCAGAGAUGAAAGAGCCAACAAUCUCUUCAUAUUUAUCUGAUUUAAGAAACAGGAAUGCUGUUUUAUCACUUCCUCCUGUUAAACGUCUCAAGAUGCAAAUGAAUAAGUCUCAAAGUGUGGACCUUAAAGAAUUUUGUUUUACUCCAAAACCUUCUCUCCCCAGUAUAUCAAGGUCAGAGUGUUUAAACAUACCUGAAUUGUCUAUAAUGGAGCAGAGGGAUCAACAUGAAAUCUGUGUGGAAGUUCAAGAAGAACCAUCAGAAUAUCAAGGUAAAGAUUUCUCUAGAUGGAACUAUCCUAUAACUUCAGAUGAGAAAGCCCCUCAAACAGUGCUGUUCAACAGACAUCUUAAUGCAUCUGGAAACCAGAAUUUGAAAGAUGUGGACAAAAGUAAUACUCCAUUCUCAAAAGUUUUGAAUGUGAACUUUGAAUUGGGAGAUGAAGUUUGGGAUGAUUUUGAUGAUGAGAACUUAUUAGAAGUUACCAGUUUUUCAGCCAGUACUGAGAAGACAAAAACAUCAGGACUUGGAAACACUUUGAGUUCAAGUAUCAAAGGAAAUAAGAUAGUCCUCCAGGAGUCAAAGAGCAAAUUCCAAGGAGAAAUGGCAAAAAGUUUUGUUUCAUCGCCUGAGAAGCCAGAUGUUUAUUUAUCAAAUUCUCCUGUGUUCAAGUUUGAUGCAUCCUCCAUGAAAAAAUCACCUCAACAAGCUGGAAAUGCAAAUAUUGUCCAUUUACAAGAAAGAGAACAACAAAGCCUGUCACCAGAAAUUGAAAAGCUGUGCUUUACUCACUCUGAAAAAAUACCAAAUUCUUCACAUUUUGUUAAGAAAGUGGAUUUCUUUAUUAGAAACAGUGAAUGUAAAGAGGAAGUUGAUAUCAGUAGGUAUCAUCCUGAUGAUGAAGCUGAUGAAAUGAAGUCUUUUCUGGGAAUAUUUGAUGGUAUUUUCUAAAAGAAAC